AAGGCUCGCCUGGGAGCUCGCGCCCGGCUCGGGCCGAGGAUUGGCGGUUCCGGGGCUGGGGAGCGCUUUCUCCCGGGAGCUGCUGCUGUGACCCGAGUGGCUCGGACCAGCUUGCGGUCGCGUGCGGCCCCCCUCGAGCAACCGGGUCCGUAGGUCGGCGGCCCGCCUCGGCGCUGCGGUGGGAGUCGGGGUGCCACGGGGACGCGACCACCAGAUCCACUUAGGGCCCCGUCGUUCUGAGAAGCGGCCACGUCUGAGCCCCGGGGCCUCCUCGUGCUGGAGAUGUCGCCUUAGGAGCUCGGCCAGGAUACCGUCUCCCAUGCUCUUGUGCUGUCCGGGAGCACCGCCUGGCCUUGUGGGCACCCUCGCAGCAGGAAGCCCAGAGCUGCGCCCGCCCUUUCGGAAGGCUGUGGAAGGGGUUGGAGUGGGCGCAUCUUACCUCGUCUCAUCCCCAUUUGAGGUCUGUCGGAGCUUCCCUGCAGCGUGAGCAUCCACAAUGGGGACCCCAGCCUCGGUGGUCAGUGAGCCACCACCUUGGCAGGCCCCAACUGAGGCCCGGGGCCGCAAGCAGGCCUCAGCCAACAUCUUCCAGGACGCCGAGCUGCUGCAGAUCCAAGGCCUGUUUCAACGCAGCGGGGACCAGCUGGCUGAGGAACGGGCACAGAUCAUCUGGGAAUGUGCAGGAGACCACCGUGUGGCGGAGGCCCUGAAGAGGCUGCGCAGGAAGAGGCCCCCAAGGCAGAAACCCCUCGGCCACUCGCUACACCACUGCAGCCGGCUCAGAAUCCCAGAGCCCCCCUCUCCACCGGCUGACCCACAGACUGCCACGGAGACAGCCUCCAGUGAGCAGUAUCUGCACUCUAGGAGGACAAGCGCCAGGAUCCGCCGGAACUGGAGGAAGCCAGGCCCCACAAACUACCUCCACCAGAUCAGACACUGAUCCAGGGAAAGAGCCAGGAAUGGCAGUGUCUUCCCUUUUGCCACAGGGCCUUGGGAGGUGAAGAAAGAACAAAGACUUUAGGCAAGAAGCCCAAAGGGGUAAAUGAAAAGAAGAGGCCACUGCCACUGGCCUGCUCCUUUCAGAACAGAACUGGAUGCUUUUGCUGGGCCCUCCAUUAUGUGGGACCCAUUCCUCACCGAAAUGAGGAGAAACAGUGGCUGUUCCUGCCUCAGCCCUUCUCAAUCUAACACUAUUCCUGGGCUGCAUGAUAUUCUCCUGGAAACCAAGGGACAGACACUUGAUGCAGCAUUUCACCAUUCACACUACUAAUCUACCUGCUACUACUAUAAACCAUGGUUCCACCCGCACACCAUCAGGGUAGCACAGGGAAACCAUGGUUUAAGUGGCAAAUAAAAACAUUUGUAUCAAGA